UAGAAAUUGUUUGCCGGUCCCCAUUCGCUCCUAAACGCUGAAACCUCUCUCCAUGCUCUUGCAAUGUGCGCCUGAUGCUACCGGACGAUUCUACGCCCCUCUUCGUCUCACUCUGCUUUAGCGCUUCCUUCUUUACCACUCGACGCGACUUUGGUCACGAUGUUUGCCAGCAUCGUAUUUUGCUUGCUCGUGCUGCUCCUUGAGCGGACGGUCAGCGCUGUCAGCUUGGCCUACACGGCAGAUCUCGCCAAACGCACCUUCGGUCGAGUGCAUUUUGAACAUUCGCAGAACGUGCAGAUCUCUCCUGAUCCUCAAUCUCUGAUCGUUGACACCGGCACGAUCACCGCACUCAGCAACGAGUGGGAUAACAUUCACAAGGAGCUCACUUCAGGAUUCAAAUUUGUCGAUGGCAAAAGACAGUUUGAGCUCUGGAUCCAUCAUCCGAUAGACUCAAUUUGGCCCACGCGAUACCAUCUCCGCGAUAUCGAGAUGCCUGAUACGCAGUUGAGCUUCGGGAUCGUGGUCUUCACAAUCGACAAGCACCAGAUACCAUUCUAUAGCGGCUCUUGAACGGCUGCAGACCAGACUUGGACAACGAGCGCUGCAUGUUUGUCGUGAAAAGUUGCCAUAUGUAGUGAGGUCUGCAUCAGACAUCGCAUUUGCUGGCCUUGGGAAAC